GGAAGAAGAGUGAAACGGAAGUCGUCGGUAAAAAUGGCAGCGCCGUGUAGCGCAUUGUAGCAACGUGAUACUCUGAAUUUCACAAUUACACACAAUAUCUUCAAGAAGUUGGCUUUUUUUGUGAAAUGUACGUCGGAUACUUACCCCUCAAGGAGUGUUGCACCGUUCUGAGUCUUGGAAGGCACAAAAAACUCAACAACUAAUAACAAACAGUGUGUGCCUCCGAAGCACGCUGAAGUUUUGGACAGCAUCCUUUUGCCAGUACUAGACCAACUUGCACAAGGCAAUGGCAUCGUUUAAACCCACGAAAAUCCCUGUGGUCCAGCAGCUUGGGGAAAAAGUAACAGAGGACACUCGUUACUGGAAGAGUUUCAAAACCACAGUGCAGGUGAAGGAGUUUGGUGCCAUCACCAAGAUCGACUUCUCUCCUCUGCCACCCCACAACUAUGCUGUCACUGCCUCAACCAGAGUGCAGGUCUACGGGCCACACUCACAGGAGCCGCAGCGGAGCUUCACACGUUUCAAGAGUACGGCGUACGGUGGCACUUUCCGUGGUGACGGUCAGCUGCUCGUGACAGGAAGUGAAGAGGGACUCAUCCGACUCUUCGAUGUCAACGGACGAGUGUCCCUCCGGCAGUACAAUGGACACAACAAGGCGGUGAGGGUGACAUCAUUUUUGUCCGACGGUUUCCACAUCGUGUCUGGCUCUGAUGACCUCACAUGUCGCGUGUGGGACGUGUCCACAGCUCAGGAGCUUUUCCGCUUCAGUGACCACACAGACUACAUCCGCGCCCUCGCCCCCAGCACACGCAACCCCGACCUCUUCAUCACAGGCUCGUAUGACCACACGGUGCGUGUGUAUGACGUCCGCCAGGAGAAGUGUGUGAUGAGUAUGGACCAUGGGCAGCCCGUGGAGAGUGUGCUGGUCUACCCCUCAGAUGGCCUCAUCGUCUCCACAGGUGGGCGUUACGUAAAGGUUUGGGACAUGCUCAAAGGAGGACAGGAGUUGGUUUCUCUGAAGAACCACCAUAAGACAGUCACAUGUGUGUGCAUGAGUGCACAGUCCAACCGCCUCCUCACCGGAUCCCUUGACCGGCACGUGAAGGUGUACAACUCCUCCUUCAAAGUGGUCCACAGCUUUGAAUAUGCUGCUUCUAUUCUCAGUAUGGGUAUUGCGCCAGACGAUGGCGUCCUGGCAGUAGGAAUGACCAACGGGGUGCUGAGCGUGCGGAACAGGAAGCCGGCGGAGGAGAAACAGGAAGUGGAGAAGAAGAGGCGGGGCCCAGCCUACCGUGUGUUUGUCAAGGGCCGAAACUACAUCCCCAAACAGGAUGACUUCCUGGUGAAGAAGUCUGCUGCCACGCAGUACCUGGGGAAACACGACAAACACCUCAAGAGCUUUGCUGUGUCCAAAGCACUCGACGCUGCAAUUCAGACGUCGAUGAGGCAGCGUAAACCGGAGUUGUGUGUGGGCGUGUUGCUGGAGCUGGAGAGGAGAGGCACCCUAAAGAACGCCCUGGCAGGCAGAGACGAGAAGAGCCUCGUCACAAUACAGAAGUUCCUGCUCAAGUACAUCAGCAACCCCCAGUUCUCUGGCAUACUUCACAAAGUGGCUGACAUGCUCAUAGACAUCUAUGAUAGUGUGGUGAGCGAGUCUGCGGUGGUGGAGCGCCUCUUCCAGGAGCUGCUGGACUGCGUGUCCCGCGAGGUGGACUACCAGCGAGACCUCAUGCAAGUACUGGGCAUGCUCGACACGCUCUUCGCCUCCUCCACCCCUCGCUCCGCAGCAGCAGCAGCAGGGGUCGCUACCUAUGUCAGCCCCGCCUCCCUCAUGCCCCUGCCCAAGGCAGAGCCUCUGGCACAGCCUGUGUCAGUGUGAUGGAACAGAGGUUGUCAAAAACCAGGUUCAGAAGUUAAAACCCUGCCACAGUUUCCUCAGUAUAGUUGACUUCACUGAGUAGCUGGUCUGUCUACCUGUCUUGAGUUACUCAUCAGGGGUGCAUUUCUCGAAAGCGUAGCUGCUAGCCAAUUAGCAACUUGGAUAGGUGAAAAUGGGAAAAUUAAUUGCAAACAACAUAGUAGCUAACAUAGUUUGCAACUAUGUUUUCGAGUAAUGUGAGAAUUUGGAUCCCCUGAUUGAGAGCUGGUUGGAUCAAAUUUGUGUCAGGGAUUUUACUUUCUGAACCCGUGGUUGACACCUCUGCUGAUGGACCAUGACUCUCUCUGCUCUGGUCUCUUGACUACCUUGACCACCUGUGGGGACUGUAAGAGAAGCAGGAAGUGUUUGGGGUUGCCAUUGGCAACAUGGCUCCGGAUGUCAGUCUGGCAGAGGAAGAGGAGGAGGAUGGAGAAGACGACUGGAGUGGUGUGGAUGAGUGUUGACAAUGGGUCACACGUACUCUAAUAUGGCUGGCUGUGCGUAUGUAUGAGUGUGUGUUGCGUUUUGUGUGUGUGUGUGAAUAUAAUGUAUGAGUGAACAUGCAUAUAUUUUUGUGUGCCUGUUCACACUUUUUUUUUUUUCUAAGAAUAAAUCCCAUAUUUGUCAA